AUGUCUGGAAGCACGGGAGAACGUUCUUUUGCUGAUAUUAUUACCAGUAUUCGAUACUGGGUUAUUCAUAGCAUUACUAUACCUUCCCUAUUCAUUGUGGGUUGGUUAUUUGUCAGUACGGGUUUAGCUUAUGACGUGUUUGGAAAUCCUUGGCCAAACGAGUAUUUCACGGAAAGCCAACAAGGAAUUCCGUUAAUAACCGACCGUUUUGAUUCUUUAGAACAACUCAAUGAAUUUAUGCGAUGGCUGGCUAUUCAUGGACUAGCUGUACCUACUGUUUUUUUCUUGGGAUCAAUAUCAGCAAUGCAGUUCAUCCAACGAUAA